UAACAGAUCUUUUUUAUGAAUGUAAACAUUAAUUUCUCUUGGAGCAAUUAAAACGUAAUGAAAGUAAAGUAGAAGUUGCCAUGGGGGAAAUAAAUGUUAGUAAAAUGGUAGCGCUGUGGCAAAACAACAUGUUUGUUAUCUGUUAUGUGAAAGUAGGUAAGGUAGAGAAAAGUUGCCAAAAGUUUCAGUUCUAGAGAUAUUGUGGCUACCAACGAUAAAGCCGCGUUCAUUGUUUAAGUGUAUAGUUAAUAAAACCUUAAGCAAACACUUCUAAAUUCAACCAGUGGUUGCGCAAAGUGUCUCUUCCACAAAUUUAUUAGCAAAGCACAUAUAGUAAAAAUGGGAUGUGGAGCAAGUCGGGUGAAAUGUCCGAAGUGUGAAAAAUUUGAAUCAAAAGACGGAGAAAGUUUGUUAAAUCACGUCGAAAAAGAACAUACUAUAAUAUGUAGCACUUGUGGACUCAAAGGAUUCUCGUCAAUGGAUGCGCUGUCGAACCAUUUCCAAAAAUUACACAUCGGUAUUGACGAUUCUUAUGAAGACGGAGAUAUAAAUACGGAUGUCGUCGACGUAGUUAAUGGUUCUUAUAAUGAAGCAUCAAUAAUGUGCCCUAAAUGCAACGAUGUUAGUUUUAAUGAUGGUGAAACGUUUUUGGAACAUUUGCAAACUAGCCAUGAGCUUGCAUUACAUUCUGUUUGCGAAAUUGCUAACAACAACAAUAACAACAACAACAACAACAACAACAUGUCGGCACCGAAACUUAAUAAAAACUUAAAAGUCGGCGACAAAAUUCUUGCUAUGUGGUCUCGGUCGAAGUGGCAAUAUUUUCACGCUACAAUAGUCAGAUGCAUUCCAAGUGAAUUGAAAUAUGAGAUUGACUGGGAUGAUGGAGAUACCACAGGUCGCAUUGUAGACUAUUAUAACGUAGCCGUUGAUAAAGUCCCAGAUGUAAAAAAUGUGGGCAUUGGAAGUAUCAUUCUGUUCCCACAAGGACAAUACCAAGCGAGCGGCACUCAAUUAACCGGCGGUAAGAGAUGGCACCAGGGAAAGAUAACCAACAUAUACAAACGAGACAACACAACGUACUAUGAUGGCGUACAUACGAAAGGUACCGAAGAUGGAAAAUGGGUGACGCAUAAAGGAUUUUCAAAACAUUUUACAAGAUACCAACUAGAGGAUUUCCGAGUGGGUCCAAAUGUUUUUGAUAUAAUAGAAGACACGAGUGAUGCUACUAAAACUGAAGAUAUUGAUAUCUAUUUUUCAUUUUCUGGUAGCGACGGCGGAUUUACGAAGGUUGAUAGCAAUAUUUGCGAUCCGGCUGAUAUUGUUGCUGAUUUGAAAGUAAAAGGGUUGAAUGUAGUGAAUGGUUCUAAGGAUAAUAAAAAUGAGGAGUUGAAAGUAAAACUGCAGAAAAUGAAAAAUUCUAAGGUUUUUGUAGCGUGCAUUACAGACGAGUACGCUUUAAACGAUGAUUGUCGAAUGGAGUUUCAAUAUGCUAAAUCAACGUUGAAAAAACCGGUUGUGCCUUUAGUUUUCGGCGACGGAAUGGAAUGGAUGAUGACCGUAGUAGGUAUGUUGUUGGCAGGAGAACUGUACAUACAUUUUAAGGACAAGAGUGUUCAAAAGCUAAAAUUUGAGGAAAUGCUAAAGUCACUGUCACAGCAUAUAUCGAAAAAUAUUGAUUCGACUGUUGACGAAGACGAAAAGCAUUCAAAUCUGCCCCCGGGUGACGUUUUUAUAUCAUACUGCUGGUCAAAUUCGUACCUAGCCCAGCAAAACAAACAAAUAAAUACAUUCUCAGGUACAGAAUUUUCAGAUCCGAGGUUGAUAUCAUCUCAUCUAAAUGAAGAAGGUAUAGUCACGUGGCUUGAUAUUGAACGCUUAAAAUCAGCGGACAAAAAUGCAGGUCUAUUUGAACAACUGACAAAAGCCUUAAGAGAGGCUAAAGUUUUCGUGCCGUUUAUUAGUGACGAAUACGCGAAAAGCGCGAAUUGUAGGAUGGAAUUGCAAUUUUCUUUGAAAUAUCUUGGCAAAAGAGUUAUUCCAGUUGUUGUUGGGAAAGGAAGUAUGUGGAAAGAAACAGCAGUUGGAAUGCUUCUGGAAUCGAACGAUGUGAAAAUCAUAAACUUGCAAAAUGAGGAUAAUGAAACAAGCUUCAGGAUAAAAUUAAAAGAAAUAAUCAAAGCAAUAAAGAAGAAUUUAAAUGUCAAAACAAGUCCAAGAAAACAAAAGCUUUCUCGCGCUCCGACAAUGGGUGAUCAUGUUAUAUGCCAUCACGUUAAUUAUUGCUAUUACACUGCUACUGUGAUCGGUUAUAAUAUCUCCACGAUGGAGUACACUGUCAACUGGGAUGAUGGAGAUCCUUCAGGAAGAGUACAAAUGUAUAAUCAAGUGGCACUAGAUGUUGUACCAGAUCCAGAUGACGUGGGAGUUGACUCAAUUAUAUUCUUUCCGCAAGGUUCUUAUGGUGCAACCGUUGGCAACAAUGAUGGGGGUAUCCGUUACCAUGAAGGGAUUAUCACCAAGGUGACCAAAACAGCAAAUGAUAUAUUAUUUAACGGACAUCACACACGUGGCGUAGAAGAUGGUAAGUCCUGUAGGUAUAGAGGAUACGAAUAUGAAUUUUUAAAUAUUAGCAUUCAAGAAAUCAGAAUAGCGCCAUCUGCAUUAGACGCCGUUACAAGAUAGUUGGAAUUUUGUGAGAAAUAACGACAAUAAAGAUCCUACAAAACAAGUCAACUACAUGGUGGAUGCCAUAAAGAGAGAAAAUGGAUCGAAGCUGUCUUAUUAGAAUAGGAAAAUAUUUUUUCAAACAUAGCUAUAGGAAACUUGGGACAAAUCCGUUCAUGCAAAGAGAACCCUAUAAAACAAAGAAAAAUCCAAUGCAGAAUUUUAAAGCUCAUAUGGAUUGCGGUAUUCCAAACCAUUCGCUCUGCUCAAAAGAUUAUGACAUGUGCUAUGAACUGUGUGUAUUCUAAAAUUGUAGUGGUAGAUACUUAUUACAAGUCAUAUUAGGUAACUUGUAGUUUGCAUCUUAUGAAUAUUAAUAUAACCAAUUAACAGAAUAUACACAAUCUAUAUACACAAGAAAUCCAUUUUGCUAUCAUAUUUGUUUUCCAUUGUAGUAUGUGUUCAAUGCUUAAGACUUUAUUUUAAUACACACACUGCGCAAGUUUAUUUGUUUUUGUUUCAUAUCUUUUAAAAAAAGUUUUUUACCUUUAGUGAA